AUGCCUCGCUAUUCCACGCUCAUCAACAUCAUCCUCUUCAUACUCACCACUCUCCUCGCACUCAACAUCAAAAUGUCGGCUCCCAAGGUCUCCGCCAACGACUGGCUCGCCGCCGCCAAGUACCGCCGCUCCGUCUACGGUCUCAAGAACACUUCCAAGGUCCCCGAUAGCCGUGUCCAGGAGAUUGUCCAGGAGGUCCUUUCUUUCGCCCCCUCCUCCUACAACACCCAGCCCGUCCGCGUCACCCUCGUCACCGGCGAGAAGCACACGCAGUUCUGGGACAUUGUCAUCAACACCGCCGAGCCUAUCCUCAAGGCCGCCGGUGCCGCCGUCUGGGACAAGAUGAGCGGCAUCUUGCAGUCCCACAAGGCUUCCUACGGCUCGGUCGUUUUCUGGGAGGACAGCGCCGUCACUGACGAGGCCAAGAAGACGCAUGCCUCGUACGCCCACUUGUUCGAGUCCUUUGGCGAGCAUGCCACCGGCAUGAACCAAAUCCUGGUCUGGACCGCCCUCGAGCUCGAGGGUCUUGGCGCCAACCUGCAGCACAUGAACGGCAUUCCCCCCGUCGAGGAGGCUCUCAAGAAGUUCCUCGACGUCCCUGCCAGCUACAAGCUCCGCGCCCACCUCAACUACGGCGACGAGCCUACCGCCCACAACACCGCCGUGCCCCCCAAGCGCCCUGCUACCGAGACGUUCAAAUUAGACGGCUUGGUCAGCCUCAUGUACAUGAUAGAUCAAUAG